UAGCUGAAAGUUUGAAAGUGACGAGUGAUGACCUGCUUUUGCGAUUGUAGUCGCAUUCUGUAGAGUGUAGUGUUCAUCUAAAUACGGCACGAGAGACCGAAGUUUCAAAUAUAUUUUCAAUUGGUAUUUAAUAUUACCUUUGUCACUGCAUAGUUUUAUACCUAUAUGAUCUUUUAUAACAUUUGAUUAUAAAAUUUCAUACAUUGAUAAAUAUAUAUGAAAGUAAAAGUGUAGUUUGAAAGACUUAAAAUGUUGGAAAAAAUAGCAAACUCUUGGAUGAUCGGUCUGUAUUCGCUUGUUGAGAAUUCUCGACUUACUCCGAAGGUUUCGAAUUUAUGGGAUAAAGAAUCAUUCACCGUGCAGCCUAUAAAUGACACGAAGAUAACCAGACCCGACAUAUUGCUCGGAUAUUUAAUUAUAUUUUGGAUUGUUUUAUAUUUUAUGUAUGAGAAGUGCGUUAAUUCGUUACUUCGACGUAUGCGCAUUCCAUUGAUCCAAAGAAAUAGAAUAAUCAAAGCUGUAUGGGAAUGUGGAUUUUGCUUUGGCAGCAUUUGUUAUCUAAAAUCAUCCACUAUUAAAACGUUAAGCCUCUUCUUUGGAGAACAGGAGGUGACACAUGAGGAAAUGGGAGUCAUUCUACAUAAAAGCUUUUACUUUCAUUGGGCAGGAUUAGAGAUCUUAUGCCAUGGAGCUUGGGCGAAAGGCUGGGCCAAUUUUCUAUUUGCGUCUUUCAUCAUGAACCCAUACCAAGAAAAAUGGUGUACAGUGGUGAGCACAUUUCUAUUUUCUAAGGCAGUUGAUACAAUUAUAAUAAAUAUUAGCCGAAUCUUAUUAUGUGUAUCUCAUUUUAUUGGAAGAAAGUUACCCAAAUUAUUCUUCUGCCUUCAUUGUCUUAGUUGGAUAUACUUGUAUGUACUAUUUGUACCAAAAUUUUUAUGGUCAGAAAAUGUGGAAUACACAAGAGCACAGAUAGGUUUGCAGCUGUGGUUCAUAGCAGAGUGUUUAGAUUCUGUAUGGUUUAGAUUUUUAGCAUAUGCAAAAGCUACACACUGGCUAGAAACAUGCUUAUUUCCCUUGCCAACGCAAGAAACAAUUGAACUGGCAGGGAUACAAAAGCGACAUAGAGAUUCCUUAAAAAAAUUAGUGAACAGAACAUCAAAAAGGGCAGAACUCUGGCAAACCCUGUUCUGUGCUGUGGCUAUUAAGAAAAAAAUCAAAAGAAUUAGGCAAGCAAAGCAAAGUGAUUCCAUAUUAGUGGAUAAUUUUACAGAAGAGAAAUUAAUUGCAACAGAGGAAAUAAAAGAAAUAAAUAAAGAGCAGAAAGAUGAGAUCAUGGAACAAUAUAGUCAAACUGGAAAUGAGUAAAUUGUUUAGGUUAUUCAUAGAUCAUAAAUUACUAGCUUUAAUUAUAACAAAUUUUUAAUUGAAAGUAUUAAAAAAACCAAAGAAACAAAAGCUUGCACUAAAUCUCAUAGCUUUUUAGUAUAAAAAACAAGUUUAUUUAAGAAUUCUAUUGAUAUACACCUAUUUAUGUAGAAAAUUCUAUUAUUUACAUACAGAUUAAGAAUGCAUUUUGCAAGUAACAUUAUCUUUCUUAAGGUCUGCGCGAUUAAUAAAAUACUUCAAUAAUGUUACAGACGAGUUUACUAUAUAUGUACUUACAUAAGGAUGUGUACUUAAAAACUGUAUGUAAUUAUCUUAAUUAUGAAUUUAAAUUCAAGCCUUUAAUAGUUAUUAUCAAUUAACUGUUUAAUGUAAGUUUGUUCGUCGAAUAUUUAUUUAAGAAACAAUUUUUACGAUAACGUAGGAUAAAAGCACCAUUUGUAUAUUACUCUUACAAUUUUAUCAUUUGUUUUUUAAAUAUUAAGCUCCAAGCACGAUAUGUAGAUCUACAUGACGACUUAAUAACGAUAGUGUUUAUACUUGCUAAAAUAAUAUUGCCUUCGUUUAUAUGGAACCGACGUUGCGAGGUUUAUAGAUGGUAAUAGAGCAUAAUGUGAUAAACAAAUAUCUUAUCUGUAAUAGAGUGACAGUAAUUAGAAACUGAAGAUUGUAACACAGAGCAAUACAUCUUGGAAACAAUAAAAUUGUUGUUUAUGAAACAACUGAAACUCUAAGAUUAGUUUUAGCUCAGGUUAAGUUGUAUUUUAAACGAUAUUCGAUUCUUGAGCUUUUUUGAUUUAAAAUAUAAAGAAACAGAUAUAAAUACAUGGAUUGCAGGAUAUAUAGAAUUGGUCCAGGAAUGUAAAAAGAUCAUUUUCAAUUUAAUGUUCGUGUAAAUUUUGUUCAUUAAUUACAACUCCUUUAAUUAAAGUACAAAAAAGAAUAAUAAUCGUCUUUCAAAUCACUGUAAUGGUAAAUAAUUAAUGUUAUUUAUAUAGAAAGUUAGAGAAAGAAGUUACUAUGUAUGUACAUAUAUAAAAUAGAUUGUGUGUGUAUGCAAAGAGUUGAAGAUUGAACAUGUAAACUUAAAUAUUUCUAAAAAAAUUGGAUCAUGUUUUUCUUGUGCGUAUUUUACUACAAAGAAAAGCUAUUUAAGUGACUCGUUGUUCCUAGAUAUAUAAAGUUUUAUUUCCGAUCAUUUUGGACUGUGUCAAUAAAAUAUAGUACAUGUAUUUAGGCUGAAUUGUUCCACGAUGUUAUACAGUUCAAUGAAAAAUAUUAUAAAUGAAUGUUUGAAUAAAAUUGUACUCAAUAUAUCGGCAGCGUCGUAUGCCUCGAUAAUAUCGCACUUCUAAAAACUGUUAAAACAUUUGGUUUAGAAACUUAUAAAUAAAACGUUGUAUUAUACA